GUUCCCACGUUUCCGAAUAGAGCUUUUCCUGGUCGUAGUCAUGGAAUUCUUCAGGUUCUUCGUGCUGUUGUUGGUCGCCUCGACUAUGAACAGUGUAACAUGUCACCAUCAUCAUCGCGACGUCCACGCGGACGACAGAAAGAAGGGGGAUCCGGUGGACCACGUGAAAAGGUACGCGGCCAGUGACAACGAGAACGUCGUGUUCUCUGAGAGCGAGAAGAACAGGAGAAGUCUAAAGGGCGAACAAACUAAAGGCACGGUCCCUUUCAGCGAGAGGAGGCUGGAAAAGAUGUUGGAGAAAGCUAUCCUAAAAAUAAUCACUGGUGACCUGAGUACGGGUGACAUGUUGCUAUUAAAAAGUCUGAAUUAUAGUCUGGAGGAAGUUCUUGCGAUUCGAGAGAGGGAACUGAACAAGAAGAAGGACGAGGAACUGAGGAAGAAGGAAAGCAUGAAAUCCUGGACAAAAGUAUUAUACGGGGAUGGAGAACGGAAGGCUAGAAACUGGAAUAAAAGUUCCAUGGAUCAUUCUUCCUCGAGGAACCCUGAUUUCGAGGACACCAAGCGAGAAGGUAAAAAAAAUCGUCACAUGGAUAGAUCACCUUCUUACAAGGAUUUCGAUUUCGAAGCGUAUAAUCGCCAGGCGAUCCUCGAUUACGAGAACCUACCCUCCAACGUAGAAUUUCAGCAAUCCUGGUCGGAACCUACGGCUGUUGACUACGAAGAGACUACCAAAGCCACCAAGGAACAGGAUGUCGAGAACAAUCUGCAUCGUGAUUUUGACAGGGCUAUGGAACCUCACGUGGUCUUCAAGAUACGGUACGAUGACUCUGAAUUUGAUUCCAGCUCAGGUUCCGACGAAACUCACAAAUACCGUCCUAGAACGCCCAAGCAUCGUGUUUCUUCGACAAUGGAACACACUUUGGGCAAUGUUGGCAAUUCCUUUCAUGCAUCGACACCAUCACCGUUGUCUUCAACUACUACUGCUACUGUGCCUUUGGUUUAUCAAUUGAGCAGCACCAAUGUCAGGGGUAAUUAUCUAAAAAAUGAUUAUUCUACUACAAUCGCGUCUUUAUCAUCGAGUAGUACUAGUAGCACGGAAAGUAUUAUACCAGACGAAAUUUCAAAGGACAAAAAUAAGACGGGUAUCGUUACCAAUUCUACGGAUAAAGUACCCAUCUCUAAAAGUGAGGAGAAAUUUAGUGAGAAUAAACGGAUUAGUGAGUAUGAAGGUCUCGAGUGGGUUGAAGAUGACGUUUACAGGGUGAUCCCUGAGUUCGUGGAUUCCCUUGGCUUCGAGAAUACCGAGGAGAACGAGACGUCUGACUAUGAAGACUCCAGCCACGAUUCCCGGUUGAACUGGAACACAGAGGAGAACGAAAAUGACACGUUAGGAUAUCUGAACGACACUCCCGAUUCUGUUAAACUCUUCGUGGCCAAUAAUAACGUAUCCGCCGGCAAUCUUCCCUUGGCCAAUCUAUCGUCCUAUUUGCAAGUGGCUAUUGCUCAUCGACGAGGAGGAAACCUAAGCUCAGGCUUCGACAGCCAGGGUGAAAAAGCCAUCGAGGACAUCAAGACGCGAGUUCUGGCCCUCACCGGGAGAUUCAACCUCACCGCCAACGCUAAUCAAGUCCAACGCGAACGAUUGACCAUGUUUUCGCCGACCUGUCAAAUUCCACGGAAUACAGAUCAGGACGCUUGGACGGACUCGUUUUCCAUGAACAUGCAUUUUCAGUUGAAUCUGACUUCCAGCGAUCAUGUGGUCGCAGCUAAAUUGAGAAUAUUCAAAUUGCCGCAAGAAAACGUGACGUCCUCUUCAGAGAGUACCUUCGAUGAGGAAGAAGAAGAUGAGAAAAAAAUCAGGAUAUCGGUCUUUUAUUAUACGAAAACUUUAAAAAGGCACAGAUCGAAGAAACGUUUGAUGGACUCGAUAGUGACGCCCCUCACAUCUAGAGGUAAUCAUUUGGCAUUAGACGUCAGACAAGGCCUUCGAUUCUGGAGACUAAAUCCACGAAAUCCUCAUGGAAACGGAAGUAACCACGGCCUGGUGAUCCAAGUUGAGGACCAAGAUGGCAAACCAUUGAAACCGGCUUUAUAUAUACAGCAACCGUCUUGCGUGGAUCAGGAUUCAGAUCAGAAGGCAUACCAGCGAGUACCUGCACUCUUCGUACGAGCCUGUACUCGUUACGUUCGCAUCGUAAAUGGCAAAACAGAGACAUACGUCAACUGCAGGCAUUAGUGUGGAAGAAGAAACACUUACAUGCCGUGAGAAACUAGACAAUCAGUCACGUUGCACUUUAUUCUCGGAGAAGCGAGGAUCAUUUUUACGAACAAUACGAAACACCGUCCUUCGACUGUCACGUGAUUCAAGCGCGACCGUUACAAGCAUAGGAGGCAUUUCUAUAGAAAGGGUGGUUAUCUAUAAUGCGCGGCAGCCUAAGAUAAUCUGAGUGACAUUUGUAAAUUCAUUAAGGAAAUAGGAAAAACGAUUUUUCUAAUGUUAUUCGUGAAUAAUUAAGUAUAUUGGAAACAUUUAUAUGUCUACGAAAAUUACCUAUAUUUUUUAUACGAAAAUUAUAUCAACGGUAUCUUAACGAUAUCUACUGCCCUAAAAGUGCAAAGAUCCAACAUGGAAACAAUUGAUAUGUGCGCCCCCACGGUUCAAAUUGUUUCAAACGAAGUGGAAAGCGCGCGAAAAGUACGGUAGUGUUGAACCUGUGGAAAAGUGCGUAAAGUCCCAGUAAAAGUUCUUCUAUAGACUGCUUUUUAAUUUAAAAAGGAUGUUAACUUAAAGAUGGGGUGCCGUUUAUUUAAGAGCACUAGUGGUAAGUUAUAUUUUAUUGUUUUGUAUCGUUUUUUGUAAUGUGCGCUCGGAGCCUGAUUUCCAUGCCGAUAUGCGCCAUUUUCCGGAUAACGUUAAAAUUAUAUUUUAGUACGAUUUAACAAUGUACAUACCAGUGAAAUUGAAUCAGUUGUAAUGUUAAUUAGAUUAUUAAUUAGAUUAUUGUCUUGACCUGUAUGCACAUGUGUAUACAAAUUAGUACACGCGUAUACAUGUCAUGCUCAUGACUGAUGCAACCAAAUGUAAGAGCUUAGAGGUAAAUAUUUAUGUUUUAUGUUAAUUAUUAUGUUAAUUAAGCAACGCAGA